AUUUGAGAGAGUGGUGUGAGGCCUUUGGGAUGCGGGUGAAUGUCCGUAAAUGUGAAUUGAUGGUUUUCCACCCUCGUGCCAAUAUCCGCGAGGCUUUUGCUGCCCUUUGCCCCGUGGUGUGGACUUCUAUUGAGGGAAAUGCGCGAGUACCUAUGGUUAUUCCCUGGGUACAACGAGCCCGUUACCUUGGUUUGCACUUUGGUCCUGGCACACCGUUUGUUUCCUGCACAGAGGAACUGUUGACCUCUGGCCGACGUGCUAUGUUUUCUCUUCAGCGUAAAUUAAAACGCCUAGGUCUUUUGGUCCCUGCUGUUGCAGUUAAGUGCUUCGACGUGCAAGUCCGCUCCAUCUUGUCGUACGGUGUCCAGGUGUGGGGGCCUGAUGUGGUGCUGAAGCUAAUGACGGACUGCGAGAAUUCCGCGAGGUACUUUGACAGAUCCUUGCGGGACCCAAUGGUGCAGUUACAAAGGGAAUUUCUUCGGGAGAUUGCGG